AUGCAUUACAUGGGAUUGUUUAGUAAAGCUGGUAACAUAUUUAGGCAGCCUAGAGCUAUGCAGGCUGCAAACGCUAUGUUACAGGGCAAUCUUUCGUUGACCCCAUCCAAACUCUUUAUUGGAGGUCUCUCACCAACUACUGAUGUAGAUAUCUUGAAAGAUGUUUUUGGCAAAUUUGGAAAAAUCGUUGAUGUGGUAGUGAUUUCGGACCGUGAAACUGGUGUAUCAAAGGGGUUUGGUUUCGUAACAUAUGACUCGAUUGAUGCUGCUAAUAAGGCAAUGCAACAGAUGAAUGAUCAGGAGCUUGAUGGGCGAAUAAUUGGAGUGAACCCAGCUGAUGCAGGAGGCGGUGGAGGUGGCUUUGCAAGAAGGGGAGGUUAUGGUGGUGGUCGUGGUGGAUUUGGUAGAGGUGGGUUUGGUCGUGGUGGAUUCGGACGUGGUGGCUAUAACUUUGUUCGUUAA